AGCCGGGGCUGAUUUUGUUGUGACAGGGUCCGUGACAGCCGCAGGCUCCGCCGCCUGGCUCGGCUCCCUUCUUGCCCGCACCAGGGCCUCGCCGCUGGCUCCGCUUCCCGCCCAGCUCGCGCCAUGAAGUGGAUGUUCAAAGAGGACCAUGCGCUGGAGCACAGAUGCGUGGAGUCGGCAAAGAUCCGCGCCAAAUACCCUGACCGUGUCCCGGUCAUAGUGGAGAAGGUAUCAGGAUCUCAGAUUGUUGAUAUUGACAAGAGGAAAUACUUAGUUCCGUCUGACAUCACUGUGGCCCAGUUUAUGUGGAUCAUCAGGAAGAGGAUUCAGCUGCCCUCUGAGAAAGCAAUAUUCCUCUUUGUAGACAAGACUGUCCCACAGUCCAGCUUAACUAUGGGACAACUUUAUGAGAAGGAGAAAGACGAAGACGGAUUCUUAUAUGUUGCCUACAGUGGAGAGAACACCUUUGGUUUCUGAAUGGUGGAUCUUGGCUACUAUAUCAUCCUGCUGUGCACCUUGUAAAUAGCUGAUCAUUUUCUGUUCUGACAUCCACAGAAGUUCCUUCUCUAUACAUGCAUUUGUAACUGGAUUUAUUUCCUAACAAUAGAUAGGUCUUUUAUUAGACUGUUAAAUUAUGAAAAAAAAGGUUUUUUUGUGUUUUUUCUCAUGGCUAUGAAUUCCUAGAGCCUCAUUCCUUUGGAAGUUACAUCUACACAUUGAUUAAAUAAUAAAGCUAAGUAGUUGGGCUUCUAAAAUAUGGAAAGAAGAAUGCACAUUUAUUCUGUUUUCAGAUGUUAAGUUUAUGAAAAAUAAAAGCAUUGCAUUAGUAUUGAGAACACUGGAGUUGCUAGAUUACCCUAAGCAGUAGCAAGAUGUUGAUCAUGUUAAAACUGCAAUAGUAUGUACCUCUUUCUCACUUAACAAACAAUAAAAAUUCCUACCACGGA